AAAUCGCGAUCGCGACGAUUCGCCGUUCGGAACGAUAACAGUGAGUAAUGGCUUCGUGGCUGUAAUGGUUCAAUUGUUUCGGGUGAAAAUUUGCCUAGGACUGCUAAAUUUAGACGUGCCGUAAUGUUUGCAAAACCUGGAAUACCAACAAACAAAAACUAUGGGAUUGUAUUGCUCUUCCUAACCAUUUCCGGAACAUUGGCCCUGCUUCCGGAGGAUGGGGAACAAUCCAACGGUAAUUGGAUGUCACAUGUGAGUGAUUGUUUCACAGGUGAAUCAUCAUUUGGGGCUCAUCAAAGCGUCUGUCAACAGUUGCGAGCUGUGGACGAUUGUUGUCAAAGAAAUGCGGACUACACUGGAGCUGUAGUGGGAUGUCAGUCUGAGUUGAACAAGAUGUUGGUGAACGCUGUAUCGCAAACCCGAAACAGGUUCUGCAAGGGCGAACUUCCAUCGAAUCAGACAAAUUCUACAAGCCGAAUCUGGGAUUGUAACUCAGAGCUGGAAACUCUUUUUGGCCUGUGUCUAGGUCAACUGGUUCACCUAGCAAGCUUGCCAUUUGAAGCUUUCAGUUUCGUUGAAUGUCACCUAAUCUACUCCAUGCAACACUGCGCUUCCAACGAGCUCCUCAACUGCCGAUCUCCCAUCCUUCUGGACAUCUUCAACCGCUUCCAGCGCAACCUUCUAGCCAAAACUCCGUGCGUUGAACUGGAGAACGCCAACGAGCCUGCUGCGUAAGAUUUGGGUCAAACACCUGCGCCUCUCUUUUCACCAUUCACACAGAGCCCUUCCAACACUCCUCGAGCGCACUUUGCUGACUCGAUUCCGACCCAAGAUUAUCAUAAAUAAACGCUGCUGACAGAAUGCGUUCAAAGCUCCUGGCCAGCACCAUUCGUUCAAGUGAACCGCGAUUGAAUUAUAUAAUUAACACCCAUAUGCCGAUGUCGAGCUGCUAUAGCAGAUAGAGAAUUUCCACGGAAUUGCAACUGCAAGUCACUUCGCUGCAGUUGGUGCCACUACUGAAAUGAGAAAAGGAUAAUCGUGCCUUAGGAAAAGGAUAACCAUCACUAGUUCAUCCGAAAACAGUCAAUGAAUUGAUUCGAAACAAGCAAUAAUAAGGUAUAAAUUAGGAAUUACAAAUUCUUUAUUGUGUUCUGUAUGGGCGCAAAAGUGGCAACUAAUAAUAAAUCAACUACGCUAACGCUAACGCUAACGCAAAAGUGGCAACUAAUAAUAAAUCGAAAAUUGA